AUGGAUUUCUCUGUCCACAUGCAGUUUGUAAGAAAAGAAAGUUUAUACACUGAGAACUCUAAGCUACUUCAUGUCAACGUCACAAAAGCCCAACUUGGUCCUUUUGGUGUAAGGCCCUUUGGAGUAUUUCUGCUGGUUACUGGAUUUGAUGACUAUGGGCCACAAUUAUACCAGGUGGAUUCCUAUUUCUCAUGGAAGGCCUUGGCAAUGGGGAAGAAUGUUUCAAAUGUAAAAAUAUUCCUAGAGAAGAGUACACCGUACGCAGAUGAUAUGGAGCUUGAUGAUGCUGUGCAUACAGCUAUUUUGAUGCUGAAGGAGGGAGAAGAUGUGGAUGAUGAUUGA